GGCCACCCGGCAGGCAUGGCUGCGAGCGAAGGGGAGCUGAGGAGGCGUUGGCGAGGAGGAGGGGGGGGCCCGGCGGGAGACGCCCCCGACCCGCGGGAGCCCCGCGCCCCUCCGGCGCCUCCCUUGCGCCCCGGCUCCUUCUGGCUGACGCGGCUGGUGCUGCUCCGCGCCACCGCCUUCAUUUACUCUGUUGCCUUUCUGGUUGGCUACCAUCAAAACAAAGCCCUUAUCGGCGAUCGAGGGCUUCUGCCAUGCAAGCUCUACUUGGAGAGUGUGAAGCGCCAUUUCAAGGGCAGAAUAAACAUGGAGACCUUAAGCUAUGCCCCAACUCUGAUCUGGUUCUUGGAUUGGUCCAACAUGGACAGCAUCCUUGAUGCCUUCGCUCUCAUUGGUUUGGCCAUCUCGGCUUUUGUCCUGGUCACUGGAUGUGCCAACAUGAUCCUCAUGGCUGCUGUGUGGAUAAUCUACCUCUCCUUAAUUAACGUGGGACAGAUCUGGUCCUCAUUUUACCCACCUCGGAAGGAUGGAAGGCUGACUCAACCUUGAGCCUGGUGAGAUUCGAACUGCCAAACUGCAGGCAGCCGGCAGUCAACAGAAAUAGCCUGCAGUACUGCACCAUCAAGGCUCAAAAAUGGCCAUAAGAAUUUUUUUUAUUGCCGUUGUAACUUUGAACGGUCACUAAAUGUACUGUUGUAAGUCAAGGACUACCUGUAUAUACAAUGCCAUUUUUUUAAAUAAGAGCCCUAAAUUAUUCGCAAUAAAUUUUGCGAAUAGACUGAAUAAUGCAAGAGGAAAAUUCAGAGAUGGGUGGGGGUUGUGAUUGACAGGAAAAAGAGAGCGAACUCGUAAGUUAUUUAUAAAUGGCAAAAAACUAGAGCAAGAACACAAAUCUGUGUGACUUGGUAGAAUGUUUACUAACGAUGGGAAAGUAGACGGGUAAAUUUUAAGAUGUGCAAAUGCUGAUUGAAAGAUUGUAGGAAAUACAGGGUGGGUUGCAAGGAAUAGAUGUUUGCAGGGGGGUGGGGGGUGAAACUUUUGCCCAUUUUAUGAUAGGGAAAGUGAGAAUUGGGAAUGCCAGGUGUCUCAUAAAAGGGAGUUGACUGUUGUGGGAAUGUGUGGAAGGAGCAGAAGAGGAGCAGCCAAAGGGCGCCAAAUGAAUAAGGAUUGAAAUAAGAGGAGCUAUGUUGAGAUGCUCUGAUCACAUGCAGAGGACAAAAAAGUCACCAGACGAAUAGACGAAGGAGAGAAUGAAUCAAGAGGAGGGUGAAGAUGCAGAAAGUUGCGUUUGGAGUAGAUCAGAGUUUGAAAAAGGAUUCAGAAAUUUAGCAAGGGAUGGAGCAAUGAAUAAAUACGGUGGAAACCAAAGACUGUUUGCAAGGAUAUUAAGGGAUGAGAGAGUACCAGAGGUGGGUUUUAGCAGGUUCUGACCAGUUCUGGAGGACUGGUAGCAGAAAUUUUGAGUAGUUCAGAGAACCGAUAGUAAAAAUUCUGGAUGGCCCCUCCCCCAUCUAUUCUCUGCCUCCCAAGUUGGAGCUGAUCUGGAAGAAAUGGAGAUUUUGCAGUAACUUUCACCUGGAUUGGGGAGGGAAUGGUGAUUUUACAAUAUCCUUCCCCUGGAGUGAGGUGAGAAUGGAGAUUUUACAGUAUCCUUCUCCUGCCACGCCUACCAAACCACGCCCACCAAGCCAUGCCACGCCCACCAAGCAACACCCACAGAACCGAUAGUAAAAAGUUUUGAAACCCACCACACUACAGAGUGAAUGACCUCGUGGAAAUUAAUUUUAGCUGUGCUUUUUUCUCCCCUCUCUUUUGCUUGUUGUUUCUGAACUCCUUUUGCACUAUUUUGGUUACUUUAAAAAGGGAUUUUUAACCAAAUCUUUCCUGGAGCUAUCAUGGAAAUUUGUUUGCCUGGGGCCGGUCCCUCUUGUGCUGUUUUGCUCUGCUUCCAAUCUGUGCCCUCCCUGACUUCCUUCCAACCCCCAACGGGGUUCAAAGCCCAACCCCUCUACAUCCUCAGAAGCUGCCUUAGAUCAGGGGUCUCCAACCUUGGCAACUUUAAGCCUGGAGGACUUCAACUCUCAGAAUUCCCCAGCCAGCUUUACUGGCUGGGGCAUUCUGGGAAUUGAAGUCCUCCAGGCUUAAAGUUACCAAGGUUGGAGACCCAUGCCUUAGAUGGUGUCACAACAAAUGCUAUUUUGAUGCCCAUACAAUAUUCAGUGGUAUUUGAUGGUCCACCUUCUAUGCUACUGUUCCUCAACCUUGGCCAGCUUUAAGAUGUGUGGACCGUUCCCAGAGUUCCCCAGCCAGCUAGGGGUGAUGAUCCACGCAUCUUGUGCUGCCAAGAUUGGGAAACACUCCUGUACAUGCUGCCAUCCAUGCAGUGGUGGGAUUCAAAUAAUUUAACAACUGGUUCUCUGCCCUAAUGACUGGCUGGGUGGGCGUGACCACGUUGGGCGUGGCCAUGGGGAGUGACAGGCAGCAUUAGGCCUCCUGCACCCCUCUGGGAGCAAAAACAGGCCGUGCCCCCUCCCGCUGCCCCGUUUUGAGCCUAGAAGACCUCCCUGCAUUUACCUGGAAGCCAAAAAAGGGCACGUGAGGACUCCUGGAAGGGGCAGGGUGGGAAGGGGGUGGGGCCAGCCAGCAAUUUAACUACCAGUUCACCCGAACUGGCCCGAACCACAUUUUGCAGAAACUCAGGAAGAAUAGAAUAGAAUAGAAUUUUUUAUUGGCCAAGUGUGCUUGGACACACAAGGAAUUUGUCUUGGUGCAUAUGCUCUCAGUGUACAUAAAAGAAAAGAUACCUUCAUCAAGGUACAACAUUUACAACACAAAUGAUGGUCAAUAUAUCAAUAUAAAUCGUAAGGAUUGCCAGCAACAAAGUUACAGUCAUACAGUCAUAAGUGGAAGGAGAUAGGUGAUGGGAACGAUGAGAAGAUUAAUAGUAGUGCAGAUUUAGUAAAUAGUUUGACAGUGUUGAGGGAAUUAUUUGUUUAGCAGAGUGAUGGCCUUCGGGAAAAAACUGUUCUUGUGUGUAGUUGUUCUGGUGUGCAGUGCUCUAUAGCGUCGUUUUGAGGGUAGGAGUUGAAACAGUUUAUGUCCAGGAUGCGAGGGGUCUGUAGAUAUUUUCACGGCCCUCUUCUUGAUUCGUGCAGUAUACAGGUCCUCAAUGGAAGGCAGGUUGGUAGCAAUUAUUUUUUCUGCAGUUCUAUUUAUCCUCUGAAGUCUGUGUCUUUCUUGUUGGGUUGCAGAACCGAACCAGACACAUAGAAUCCCACUGCAAAAUUUGAACAGAUUGAAAGAAAUACUUUCAGCUGAGUAGCUUUUUCGUCUAUGAAAAAUAGUUACACUGUUUUCUUCCCUAAUCCUUUCUGACACAGUUAUAAAAAACAUUGGAAGCUCCAUUGGUAAGCAAGGGGUCCAUCCAACUGAAUUUUGUCUGUAUUAACUCUCAGCAAAGUUUCAGGUUAAAAUUUGUUCUGAAUUCUUCCAAAGAUGCUAAAAAAAAAUCAGUCUUGGGGCCAUUCAUUCAUGUCCUUCCAAGUUGGCAGGAGGUAUUGUACAUGGCCUUUCUCAGAGACUGCAAAUAUAAGGAACUAGGGCAGGGGUCUGCAAACUUGGCUCUUUUAAGACUUGUGGACUUCAACUCCCAGAGUUCCUCAGCCAGCAAAGCUUUUCGCUUUGACCUUCGACAUGACCUGAGUUUAACUCAUAGAAGCAUCUGUUACAAUGUCCUUCCUGUUGAAGACUACUUCAGCUUCAAUCACAACAAUACACGAGCCCACAAUAGAUUUAAGCUUAAAGUGAACCGCUCCAAUCUUGAUUGCAGAAAAAAUGACUUCAGUAACAGAGUUGUUAAUGCCUGGAAUGCACUACCAGACUCUGUGGUCUCUUCCCAAAAUCCCCAAAGCUUCAACCAAAAAUUAUCUACUGUUGACCUCACCCCAUUCCUAAGAGGUCUGUGAGGGGCAUGCAUAAGAGCACCAGCGUGCCUACCGUUCCUGUCCUAAUGUCCCCUUUGAUUGUAUCCAAUUCAUAUAGUUAUUUUAUCCUUAUGCUUAUAUAUAUGCUUAUAAUUGUAUAGUUAUUUCAUGCUUAUGCUUAUAUACUGUUAUG